AUGAAGAAGACACUGCUACUGUGUUUCAUCCAUGGGUUCAAGGUAAGACUGCCUGCCUGCCUGCAUGCUACAGCUCGCGCUUCACUAUCUUACUCCUUCCACCACCAUGAACUAACACCAGUUCCUCGCAACCUACAGGGCGGUGAAGACACCUUCGGCUCCAAGUCCGAGUUCGCGCAGCACCUCGCCGCGCUGAUCGCCGCGGCCCUCCCAAAAGUCGACGUGCGCGCCGUCACCUACCCGAAAUACGAGACGCGCGGGGACCUGUACGAGUGCGCGGGCCGGUUCCGCGACUGGCUGCUCGAGAAGGUCAUCGACAUCGAGGUGGCCAACGGCACGCCGAGCCCCACCGUCGACCCGUCGGUGCGCGUCGUCCUCAUCGGCCACUCCAUGGGUGGCAUCGUCGCCGCCGAGACCGUCAUCGCGCUGACGUCUGAGCACCCCAUCAAGGAGCACGAGAGCGCCGAGGACGAGUAUCCCACCGGCGAAGACGGGGUAGAUGGGGUAGACGGGGUAGAUGGGGAGGGGGACGACAACGCUGAGACUGAGGCGGGGACGAAAGCGAAGGGAGAGGCGCGCACGACGCCAACAACGCCAACGCCACCGAGCCCCGGCUUGAAUAGCCUCAUGUUCCCCUAUAUUCAAGGUGUACUCGCCUUCGACACGCCCUACCUCGGCAUUUCGCCCGGCGUCGUCGCGCACGGCGCCGAGGGCCACUACAACAGCGCCGCGACGGCAUUGGAACAGCUCAGCGGACUGAGCGGCAUGUUCUGGGGCGGGGACAAGGGCGACAGCAACAUUGGCAGCAUCAACAAGAAACCCGUCGGAGCGCUACCCGCGGCCGAGGAGAAGAAGGACGGCAAGCCCAACGCGCCGCCGGCGGGCGGCGGCGCUUGGGGCAGCUGGGGCAAGAUCGCCAUGUACGCCGGCGCGGCCGGGGCGGUCGCCGCGGGGGGAGCGGCCGCGUACCUGAAGCGCGAACAGAUCAGCUCCGGCUGGUCGUGGGUCGGGUCGCACCUCGAGUUCGUGGGCUGUCUGGCGCGCGGCGAGGAGCUCAAGAACCGCGUCAGGAACAUGCUGCGGCUAAAUCGCGAGCUGGACGUCGGUUUCGCAAAUUUGUAUACGCGGCUCGGGCAGGGCGCCGCGGCCAAGCAGGUCAGCAUGGUGGGCACGGUGCUGGGCAGCCAGCGCACGUUCUGCAAUGUGCCGUCGAAGCAGGCGGCGGGAUACUGGAAGGAGGCCGUCAACGACAAGGCGGGGGAUGAGGCGGCUGCGCACAUGGGGAUGUUCGAGCCGAAGGAGAACCCAGGGUACUACCAACUAUCCGAAGACGCCAAGAACCUGAUAGUCGAAUGGUCCAAGAACGAGUGGUACGAAACGAGCAGUUCGGGCGACAUUGAACAGGCGGAAGAUCUGAUUUAG